AUGGAGGUGGAUAAGCAUGAUGAAGCUCGACGCGAUCCUGGGCGUCCUUUGUUGUACCGUGGACAAUCAGAGAAAUCACUAGAUGGCCAACGUGGAGUUGCAUCCAUUUCCCGACAAGUGAACUCAUUAGGAGGAAGAGGAGGAGUAGGAAAGAAAACUGCCGAGUCAAUCCCAUCAACCAACACUCCUCAUAUUACUGGGGGUGGUGCGAUGAAUGAAAAGACGUCAGCAACACUCUCCAAGCACACACCAAGAGAAGGAAAGGAAUAUACAAACAACAAGAAUAAUAAUCCCAUGUCUGGAACAGCAUUAAGCGACUAUACACAUACUUCACAAUUUUUGGAAGGAGAUGCAUUA